AUGAGCAAGCCAGCCGGAUCAACAAGUCGCAUUUUGGAUAUUCCGUGCAAGGUGUGCGGGGACCGCAGCUCUGGUAAACAUUAUGGAGUUUACGCGUGUGACGGCUGCUCGGGGUUCUUCAAGCGCAGCAUUCGCCGGAACAGAACCUACGUCUGCAAAUCAGGCAACCAGGGGGGCUGUCCCGUAGACAAGACUCACAGGAAUCAGUGCAGAGCCUGCCGGCUAAAAAAGUGUCUUGAAGUUAACAUGAAUAAAGACGCUGUGCAACAUGAAAGGGGACCGAGGACAUCAACAAUAAGGAAGCAGGUAGCCUUGUAUUUCCGGGGGCACAAGGAAGUAAAUGGUGGUGUUACCCCUUAUCCAGCAACUGCUCUACCCGGACCAGCUUUCUUCACUGCUGUUACCCAGUUAGAAACCCACAACAUCGAUCUCACUACUGGGUCUGAUCGUCAGGCAUUGGUGGGCCUACCACAGCCAACUCCAAAGUACCCUCACGAGGUCAACGGCACACCUAUGUACCUGUAUGAAGUGGCAACUGAAUCAGUCUGUGAAUCUGCCGCGAGACUGCUCUUCAUGAGUAUCAAAUGGGCCAAGAGUGUGCCUGCAUUUUCCACGCUUCCAUUCCAGGAUCAGCUAAUUCUUUUGGAAGAUGCCUGGAGGGAACUCUUUGUUUUGGGAAUAGCUCAAUGGGCCAUUCCAAUCGAUUCUAGUACUUUACUGGCUGUAUCUGGGAUGAACAGUGACAACACAGAGUCCCAGAAGCUGAACAAGAUCAUUGCGGAAAUCCAUGCUUUGCAGGAGGUGGUCGCGCGGUUCCGGCAGCUCCGUGUGGACGCCACUGAAUUCGCCUGUUUGAAAUGCAUCGUGACUUUCAAAGCUGUUCCUACUCAGAGUGGCUCAGAACUGAGAAAUUUCCGCAAUGCUUCAGCAAUCGCAGCACUGCAGGAUGAAGCUCAGCUCACUCUCAACAGCUACAUCCACACCAGGUACCCAGCACAACCGUGCCGUUUUGGAAAGUUACUGUUACUUCUGCCGGCUUUACGCUCGGUGAAUCCCUCCACUAUUGAAGAGGUGUUCUUCAAGAAAACCAUUGGAAACGUCCCCAUCACAAGACUGUUGUCAGACAUGUACAAAUCCAGCGAUAUUUAA